AUGGCGGCGUUCACUGUUACGGAUAAGUACAAAAUAACAGUUCGUGGUAAGCAUGGAAAAUAUUCCUUCAUCUUUGAGAAAGAUUUCACCUACGAUGAACUAGUUCAAGCAUUUCCGGCAGCAACAGCUCUGGCAUAUGCAGAUGAAAAUUCAGAAAAGAUAGUAAUCACUGCUUCUAAUGGAAUUUUCAAAACUCCUGCAGAUGGUUGGACUAAGGAAGGUCGAACAUAUUUUGCAAUUGAAGGAAACACUGUUGAAAGUGAUAAAGAACAGCACAUUAAGGAUAUGAUAACGACUAUCAGAGAACAAAAGAAAAAUCCGAAGAAUAAUUCCAAAAAAGUAGAGAAAAAACAUUCAGACGGAGAAGAGAAUACGGAUCCAAAAUUGCAUAUUGGUUGGCAACACUACAAGGCCGGACGAUACAAGCAAGUUUUCAAAGCCGAUGGUGGCAAUGUUCGCCAACUACCAAUAACAACGCUUGAUGUAGAAAUCGAUGACGUUGUUCUAGUGGGAACAGACGUAUUCUACCCUGAUGGCAAAUCUAAAUAUGGUCCUUUGAAGGAAAUGGAGCUAUACCUGGCUGAUUCCUCUGGUCAAAAACUGACGUUUGAAACAGUGAAAGAAAAAAAACAAAAUUUAGGCAACUAUCUAAGAUUCAAUGGACUGCAGUUGUCAAAAUGUACAUUUUAUCUGAUGACAAAACUAAGAAAGGAUCAAUCAGUAAAUUCAAAACAUGAACAAAUAGGCGUUUCCCUACACAGUCCGUCAAGCAGCUGCGUAUCAAUUCAGUCAGACAAUUUCAAAACUCCGCAGCAGGAUCCUGUAUCGAAUCAAACAAGAAGCCUAGUACAACAACAAGCAAUUUCCGACCAACCUCAAAUGUCUAUUCUUCUGCCUGUUGAUGAAUGUGGGAUUGUCAAAGAAAAACAAGAAAUUGUUAUAAAAUAUUAUCGAGAACGUUUGUCCAAAUAUUCUGAGGACACGUCAAUAAUAACAUGCAGUUCCAUUCGGCAAUGUAAAGAUAUCACCUCUUUCGACGAACCUGUUGCAGAUGACGAAGUUUACAACCCUUGCAACAAUGGAUUUUCUAUUUGCAGAAUGCAAAUUGGAGGGAAAGAUUUCCUAGAAACUGAAUUUGAAAGGACAGAUGGCAUACUGAAGAAGACGACCCGAUAUCCCUCAGCCGGAGACAACAUAAAUGGACUUAUCAUUCACGAGGCUAUUGAAAUUUGGGGAUAUGAUGAAGAGAACCUCUUGAUUGGAUUAGUAAUUGGCACCACAGAGAAUGUUAUAUUUACAUGGUUCAAGGAUAACGUCAUGACCAGCAGUGGAUCAAUGAACAUGAUUGUGGUUUCAGAACCUGGGGUAUAUUCGUGCGAAGUCUCGUUGGCUGAUAUAAAACAAUUGUCAAAAGCCGUGCAAAUCAUUGCUUUUUCAGAUAUUGACGACAGAACCAGUGGCUCUAUCCAAGAAGAUUUAUCUAAUCGUUGCUCCCAUCCACCGCCUAUUUCAACUUCUACUUCACGAAACAGUGCUGUACAGUCGACAAGUAUGGAAAAAGGCUUCCCUAGAGACGAUAAAAUCAUUGCUACGAAUCGACCCGCUUUUGCUGUUCCAGAGGUUUUUGUAAAAGAUCUUAAUAUAAACUACUCCUCCGUUGUAGGAAGAGGAGCCUUCGGAACCGUCUAUAAAGGGAAGUGGACCGGAUUGGAAGUAGCAAUAAAGGCCAUACCAAUCACGAAGAGAGCAAGAAAUGCAAUGCUUCGUACGGUGGAAAAGGAAAUUAACAUAAAUUCCAAAUUACGCCAUCCGAACAUAAUUCAAUUCUUGGCUGUCGCCCGAACCGAUAAUACGAUUUAUCUUGUGCAUGAAUUUAUUAUGGGAUGCAAUAUGGAGGAUGCAAUUUUCAGUGCAGCAACAAAGCUUGAUAUGGACAUCAAAGCUAAGGACAAACUUUAUAUAAUGAAACAAGUGGUCCAAGCUGUAUCAUAUAUGCACUCUUUGGAACCCGUUGUUCUCCAUCACGAUAUUAAACCGGGUAAUAUAUUAAUUAGAAAAGGUUGCUUAACAACAAAGGUUUGUGACAUGCGUAUAAGCAGAUUGAAGUCUGUUGGUGCAGCCACGACAACAGCAGUAGGCAGUACUUGUGGAUCCCCGGCUUACAUGGCACCAGAGUGUUUGCUCCGGCAGGAAAACACAUCCCCGUCAACAGACAUAUGGUCACUGGGUGUAACUUUUAUCGAGUUUUUCACCGAAAAAGAUGCAUGGUCGGUUGAUGAUGAGCUAGAUCCCGUUGCAGCCAUUAAAGAUAAGACGAGACAAGAAGUGUCACCAGUAGCUCAAGGUUCAGAUAUACCAGAAAAUGUCAUGGUUGUAUUAAACAAAUGCGUUCAUUUUGAAACUGCACUACGACCAACUGCCGAAAAAAUACUGCAGGAAUUAUCGUAG